AUGUCGAAGACCAAGGUUUCCACCAAGGCUGACAAGAAGGUGUCCAAGACCCUGUCCAAGGUCAAGGACGCCGGUGUCACCAAGGCUACUUCCUCCCCUGCUGCCAAGUCUAAGGACGUUGCUCGCAAGGCUGCUGCCAAGGAGUCCAAGUCCUCUAAGAAGAACAAGAAGAAGGAGCCCACUCCCAGCUCAUCCUCCGAGUCUGAGUCUGACAGUGAUGAGGACAUGAAGGAUGCUUCCUCCUCCUCCGAGAGCGAGAGCGAGAGCGAGGAUGAGAAGCCUGUCAAGAAGGAGACCAAGAAGGUCGAGAAGAAGGUCGUGAAGGAGGAGUCUUCUGACUCUGAGUCCUCUUCUUCCGAGUCUGAGUCCGAGUCUGAGGACGAGAAGCCUGCUGCCAAGAAGGUUGCCAAGAAGGAGUCAUCCUCCGAGUCCGAGUCUUCCGACUCUGAGUCUGAGUCCGAGUCAGAGGAUGAGAAGCCUGCUACCAAGAAGGCCGAGAAGGUUGCCAAGAAGGAGGAGACUUCUGAGUCCUCCGACUCCGACUCUGACUCUGAGUCAGAGGAUGAGGCUCCCGCUAAGGCUGAGAAGGCCGAGAAGGAGUCCUCUUCCUCUGAUUCCUCCGAUUCCGAGUCCGAGUCCGGAUCUGACAGCUCUGACUCCGAGUCUGAGGCUGAGAAGCCCUCCAAGAAGCGCAAGGCUGAGGAGGAGUCCACCCCCGUUGCUAAGAAGUCCAAGAGCGAGGAUGCUCCCGAGGGUGCCUCCGCCAACCUCUUCGUCGGUAAUCUUUCAUGGAACGUCGACGAGGAGUGGCUCAAGAGUGAGUUCGCCGAGUUCGGUGAGCUCACUGGCUGCCGUAUCGUGACCGACCGUGAGUCUGGCCGCUCCCGUGGCUUCGGCUACGUUGAGUACGCCAGCGCCGCCGAUGCCGCCAAGGCCUUCGAGGCCAAGAAGGGUACCGAGCUCGAUGGUCGCACCAUCAACUUGGACUAUGCUACCGGUCGUCAGAACAACCAGCAGGAGGGUGGCCGUGAGCGUGCUCAGACCCGUGCCAAGAGCUUCGGUGACUCCACCAGCCCCGAGAGUGACACUCUCUUCGUUGGCAACCUGCCCUUCAGCGCUUCCGAGGAUGCUCUGCGUGACGUCUUCGGUGAGCAGGGUACCAUUCUGGGAAUCCGUCUGCCCACCAACCCCGAUGACGGCCGCCCCAAGGGCUUCGGCUACGUGCAGUUCUCGUCUGUUGACGAGGCUCGUGCCGCCCACUCUGCCCUCCAGGGUGUUGACGUCGAGGGCCGUCCCCUGCGUCUGGACUUCAGCACUCCCCGUCCUCCUCGUGAGGGUGGUGGCUUCGGUGGUCGCGGCGGCGGUGGCUUCGGAGGCCGUGGUGGUGGUGGCUUCGGCGGUCGCGGCGGCGGUGGCCGUGGCGGUCGUGGUGGCCGUGGUGCUUCGGCGGCCGUGGUGGUGGCCAGGGCGGCUACAACAAGGCCAAGGGUAGCAUCCCUGAGUUCAAGGGCACCAAGGUCACCUUCUAAACUACGAGGCGUCUCGUCGUUUCCGCUUUGCUUUUGCUACUGA